AGACCCUGCAACCAAUCUCAAUUCACAAAAGAGAAAGAAGAAGAAGAAAAACUGAAUUCUGAUUGAAGAAGAAGAAGAAGACGACUCGAUUAGAUACCGUUAGCUAUUGGAGAAACUCGUUUUGAUUCGUUUCUACCGAAAGGUUUUUGUUUGUAUUAUAACGAUGUCGAGUCCUAUGGAGUCCUCUGAAUUCGCCGCUACUCGGAGAUUUUCAAGGAAGCCGAGUUUCUCGCAGACGUGUAGUCGUUUGAGUCAGUAUCUGAAGGAAAACGGUAGCUUUGGAGAUCUCACCUUAGGGAUGUCAUGCAAGCCUGAGGUCAACGGCAACACACGUCAGCCCACAACAACCAUGAGUCUAUUCCCUUGUGAGACUUCCAACGUGGAUUCUAUUGCGGAUGUUAAACCCAAGAAUCUGUUUCCUAGGCAACCAAGCUUUUCUUCUUCAUCUUCCUCUCUCCCCAAGGAAGAUGUUCUAAAAAUGACACAGACUACUACUACUACUAGAUCUGUGAAACUAGAGCCUCAAACUGCACCGUUGACUAUAUUCUACGGCGGGCAAGUGAUUGUGUUCGAUGACUUUACUGCUGAGAAAGCCAAAGAAGUGAUGGACUUAGCGAGCAAUGGAACCCCUACUACCUUCACCGGUUUCACAUCUAAUCUCAACAUCAUCCAGAGUGUUGCCACUAGUAACUUAACCAAGAAUCAAACAGAGAUCAGAAGCAACAUCGCUCCUAUCUCAAACCAACUUCCUCAUCUCAUGAAAACCGCAACACAAGGGCCUAUCCAAUCCUCCUCAACUGCAAUGGCAUGCGAACUUCCUAUUGCUAGAAGAGCUUCACUCCAUCGGUUUCUAGCCAAGAGAAAAGACAGGGUUACGUCAAAGGCACCGUACCAAUUAAACGAUCCAUCCAAAGCGUCUUCAAAGCCUCAAACCGGAGAAAACACCACCUCUUGGCUUGGUUUAGCAACUGAAAUGUGAAGGGCAUGGUUUAACCACCACAAACCGUACCGGGGGAUAUUCUUUUGACGUUAGAAAACUUCAUAUAUUUGUAUGUAUCUGUUUAUGAUUAGCGAUCAAUUCUUGUUAGCUUCUGUCUUUCACUAGGGUAUUGUAUCAUGAUUGUCUUUACAAAUCCCCUUUCUUUGGGCCGUCUCAAAACUAGUCUCGUAUGUUAGUGAGUUUGUAAGAACAUUUUGUUGACGGUAAUGCUAGUUUUAAUUUUAAGUUUCU